AAUUCCUUCAUCAGUUAAUUAACUAAUUUUUGAGUUAAUAAAUUCCAAAGACAGUAAACUGUCACAAUUACUAUUUCAAUUAAACAUUCAAAUUAAUCGAUUCAGUGGGAAUCAUGAAGAGAAUAAUUUUCUUAGUGUCUAGUUUCUUGGUGUUAGUUUUGCAGCAAACCAGUGCUUGUAAAAAUGGAGCUUGCACCUGUGCAGGAAAUGCAAGGUACGCUAUGUCACCAUUUUAUCAACAACCCCAAACGGUCUAUCUACCAGCACCAUCACCAGCACCGGUAGUUCAACUUGCUGCACCAACAUCAUACUACGUACCCCCAACACAAUCAAUGGACUAUACGAGUUACUCUGAACCUGCAUCAGCCAUGAGAAGCAUGUCAUCACCACAUUAUAUGUAUGGUGCCCGAAGUUAUUCUUCCCUACCACAUUACAGAUCACUUGGAUAUAUGCCAAGAUCCUAUACACCACGGUUUAGACCUUCUUACAGAAGAUCAUAUGGAGGUCAUCAAUCUUAUCCCUAUGAUUGCAAUUAUUGAAAAAAAUGAAAAAUGUAAUUUUUAAAAAAUAAAAAAAUUGG